UUCAGGUCUCUCCUUUGUUCGCCUUCCUCCUUCACCUCCAGCCCAAAAACAAUGGCCGCCUCCGCCGUCUCCCGCCUCAACCCCGUAGCCUCGCCUUACCUUCCGAUGGCACUCGCUCCCACGUGGUGCAACCCCUCUCCUUUCUCCUACCCGCCGCCUCCGCCCCCACUCUCGCCGGCGCACGGGUGGCCUUUCGCCUACGGCGGCGACUGGUACCACACAGUGGGGAUGCCCUCGUUCCCGCUGCAGACAGCAUACGGAUACCCCGCUCCAUUGAUGGUGUAUUGUUGCACGACGCCGCCACCGCCACCGCAAUCGGCGACCCGUUGUCGAAUCACGGAGAGCAUCGAGGACGGAGGCGAGGUGGCCUCGAAGGAAGAGGUAAGGGACGAGCCUUCCCCCCGCUCCGUCCUCACUCCUUGGAGCAGGGAGCCGCCCACUUCGCCUCUGCCACCGCGAGCGCCGCUUCUGCGUCCCCCGCCGCGUACGUCUUCCGCGGGCAAACCGCGCAGUCGCCAGUGGCCACGCCUCGCCUUCAACCCCAAAGAGAACAACACGUCCCUGAUGAUUCGCAAUAUUCCCAAUAAAUUUAUGAAGAGGAGAUUCAUGGCCAUCCUCGACCAGCACUGCGCCGAGGAGAACGCCAAGCUCGGCGGCGACGGCGAAGGGGUCAGGUCGGAGUACGAUUUCCUCUACGUCCCCGUCGACUUCGGGACGAUGUUCAACAAGGGCUACGCCUUCGUGAACAUGACGACGGCGGCGGCGGCGCGGCGGCUCCACGCGCACCUCGACGGCCACCGCUGGGAGGCCGCGGGCUCCAAGAAGGUGUGCGACGUCGUGCACGCGCGCCUGGAGGGGCUGGACGGGCUCGUGGCGCACUUCUCGGCGUCGUGGUUCCCCUGCGGCGGCCGCAAGGAUUUCCUGCCGGUGCGCUUCGAGCCGCCGCGCGACGGCGUGCGUUGGACGGCGGAGCACGUGGUCGGCCACCUCCAGCCCCGCCGCCCCUGCUGAUGGAAGCUCUCUUCGGCGUUCGCCGGCCUGCGGGCCUGGGUAAACUACCAAUCGAUCUUUCUUGCAUUCUAUCCUCGUCCAUGCCAUGGAUGGAUAGAACGGGAGAUAGAUUAUAUCGCCUCAUUAUUCCAUGUGUUCUACAAAGUGUCGUCCUCCCUGUUUUUAGUCAGUCAGCGUGCUAGAAUCUAGUGCUACUAGUAGUAGCAGAAGUGUUUAGUCAGUGUCCUAGAAGCCCCUUGUUGUAUGACAUGCCGGUGCGCCGCACCCUUGAUGGCCUCUCGCCAGGAAAAUUAAAUCUCUGUUGUUGUAUUAUGUAUGCAAAAUUUCCAGCGAAUCAAAGAGGUCCUAAGGGCUUAUGUGUCUUCGCCUCUCGCCAGGAAAAUUAAAUCUCUGUUGUUGUAUUAUGUAUGCAAA